UUAGUUCCUCUUUUCCUUUCCUUCUUGUUUUUCUCCCCACCCUUUGAGUUCUUACUUUUAUUACAUUUGCUAAGGUAAGAUUAAAAGUUGUGAUUCCCACUGUGCUGAUACUGGGAAUUGGGCUUCUGUGAACUGUGUGGUUCCAUGCUGAGGUUUUUAUAUUUCGUGAGGUACUUCUCAGGGGCAUGUGCCUUUUUGGGACUUGUGCUCUUAUUUAGUUGAGUAAUAGGAAGUGCAACAAUUUGCCAACAUGUUUGGUUCUCAUUUAUAAGAUGUUUUAAGGAAGGGCUCAAACAUUUUCUGAAGAAAGAAGUCCUCUUCUCAACAUGGCCUCAGAGGUCAUGUACGCUGAAUUGAAUUUCGAAAAUGAAUCCAAGUCCUCAGGUACCAACUCAGAGCCUCUUUCAGCUCCCAAUAAGAAGACCAGCUCUCACAAAAGUAAUCCCAGUUUCCCCAAGCUGUUUCUUGCCUCAUUGCUGAUACUUGUGCUGCUGUUGGCAAUCUCAUUCUUUAUUGCUUUUAUCAUUUUUUUUCAAAGAUAUUCUCAGCUUAAAGAAAAAAAGACUCUAAAAGAACCGAUUCCCAGAUUUGUGGAAUGUGAGAGAUCAAAUCGGACCACAGAAGAGGAAACCUGGAGCUGCUGCCCAAAGAAUUGGUCUUCACAUAACUCCAACUGCUACUUUAUUUCUACUACAUCAGCAACUUGGGAUAAGAGUGAGAAGAUCUGCUCUGAGGAAGGGGCUCAUCUGCUGGUGAUCAAUACAAAGGAAGAGCAGGACUUCAUCAUCCAGAAGCUGAAUAAAAAUUCUGCUUACUAUGUGGGACUGUCACACCCAGAGGGGAAGGACCAAUGGCAAUGGGUUGAUCAGACACCAUACAAUGAAAGUGUCGUAUUCUGGCAUCAAGGUGAGCCCAGUAAUCUUGCUGAGCGUUGUGUUUUACUACUUUUUCGUUUUACAUCAAGAAAAUGGGGCUGGAAUGAUGUCUUUUGUAAUGACCCUCAACAUUUAAUUUGCAAGAUGAAGAAGAUCUACUUAUGAGUGGAACUUUCUCCAUGGACAUAUCAUUGGUUUGGCAUCCACCAUUAAAGGAAUAGCUUAUUUGCUCUUUUUAUUUAUAUGUAAAUCUUGUAUAAGGGAUAUCUGUAGAAUUUUUCAGUAGGCUGUCACCUAUUUUACUUUUGAUAGAAUAGUUCACAUUCAUUUAUUCAUUUAUAAAAUAAAUAUUUAUUGAACAUCUUCCAUGUGCCAGAGACUGUAUUAGAGAGUCUUUUUACAGAUACAUGGAGAGGACAUGAGCCCCCUCUUCUAAUUUCUGUCUUAGGGCUAAGGAGUUUGGUACAGAUCUAAUUAUUUGGUGUGGUCCCUCCCCCAUCUGUUUUUUUUUUGUUUUUUUUUUUAAUGGGUUGGUCAAAACCAAAAUAAUCCCAACUAUUACUUUCCAUUUCUUUCAGACAUAUUUAUUUAUUUUAACUAAAAGGCAUAAAAAUUAUGAAGCAUUAGGAUGCAGUACAUAUCAGUGUUUCAGUUUUGGUCCAGUAGUUGUUUUGAACUUGCUAACAUUCUCUGUUCAUUAUUGGACUGGUGUCUAACAUCAGACUAUAUACAAAGGAGAAUUAGAGAUUGAAAAUUCUAGAUUUGAGUUUAGAGAAUUAGAAUCAGAGAUCAUUGCGGUGAGAAGACGUAUAGAGUUAUAUCCUUCAGUUAUUCUCUUAAUUUUUUCUUUGGUUAGGUUUAUAGUUUCUGUGUAUGGAUUACCACUCAAAAUGGCCCCUGAUUUGUUUUUAUUUACUUUUUUACUAGAGUUCUUACAGGUAAGUUUCUUUCUACUACAAUAUAAAUUAUGUUAUAUCAACAAUAAAACUCACAAUUCAUUGCCUUGAUAUGGUAAUUAUGAUUGAUUUUGAUGAAGCUGGUUCCAUCCAUAGAUAUACUUGUAUAGGUUUUCCCAAUGUGACUUCCUAAGAUUAUACCCUGAUCGUCUGGAUGUAACUGAGCCAUUUCUUUUGUCACUUAUUGCCUGACUGUAUCUUAAGAAGAGUUAUUUUUAUAGAGGUCUGAUCUUACUCAUUGUGUGUAGCAUUUACUAGUUUAACUCCCAGAGAGCAACUCACACAACAAAACUGAGGGAUUUCACUUUAUUUACAGUGAACUUUUCCCCCUAUUAUUUCAAUAAUAUUGGGACAGAGGUGAAGGAAGGGUAAAAAUGAAACGCUUUAGUAAAUGCCUUUGAUGGCAGAACAUACGUGUCCUUGAAUUGGAGAGAAAUGGAUAGUGUUAUAUUAGUCAGUCCUGUAGAUCCUCUCUUCCCUCUGCCUUGCAUUUUAUGAAUGUGGUUCAGACCUUCUUUUCUUUAGCUUCUCCUAAGGCACCGUUGAAUCAAGGUUAUGUGUAACAGAAUUUAUGUAAGAUUAGUAUUUAAAGAGUGAUAUUAAAGUGAAGAACAAUCCAGCUGAGCCCAAUCAAUGGACAAAAUUGUGAGAAAUAAUAAAAUGGUUGUUGUUUGAAACCACUAAAUUUUGGGGUGAAUUAUUAGUCAGCAAUAUGUAACUGAAACAACUUUUGAAUUAUAUUGCAAUUUUGAACCAAGAUUCUGCAAAAUAAUGAAACAUAUUCAGUCAGACUGCUGUGUCUAAAAUGCCAUUUUAAGUGAUAGUAAAUUAACUAAAAUUUUUAAAUUAGCAAAUAAAUUUAAUUAGCAAAAUAAAUAUUUUGAUUGGCAAAUAAGAUAUAAAAUUAAUCAGUGUUUAUUUUAUAUCAUUUAAUUUCUAAUCUUAUAGAAUGGGCAUAUUAUAUUAGAUCAUAUGUAUGUAAUUCUUAAAUAAAUGUUCACAAUUAGGUAUACAUAGGAUAAAUCCUUUUUUUCUGUUAAGGAUGUGCAACCAAAAAAUGUUUUGAGAUCACUAUUGUAGAAAAUAGGUCUUGAAAUGCUUGAUUAAAGUUUAGAUGUUCCCUUUAAAGUUCAAGAAAAGACUAUAUACACAACUAUUUGAAAAAGUAUGUUCAGGUGUUGAAUAUGUUAGAAUUUUGGGUUUUAUAUUCAUUUUCAUAGUUGCUAUUAAAAACAAAUAAACACAUCAACAAAUAAACCUUUGAACACUUCAAGCUCUUUUGGCCAGUCUACUAAAAUGGAAAAGAGGCAGAAACUCUGUGGAAUGUCCAGUACUGAGGGAAAUAUUUUUGCCAGUUGGGAUUAAAAUGACCAACCCUGGUGAUCUCUCUGAAGGUGUGAAUCUACUGACACCUGACAGGACUUUGGGACUCUUAAUUUUGUUAAUUUUAUUUAGAUGGUCCUAAUAUUGAAACAUGGGUUAAUAAUUCUGUCUUUGCCAAUAUGGAAACCAUCAGUAGUGUGCACCUUCUCAAAGAUGAAAUAAUGACUCAAGAACAGAAGAAAUAAUGUGACAUGAUUUCAGCUACAUUCAACCAAAUCUUCAGUUAAAAGAUUUGAUGAAAUUAAUCACUUUUUCUCCACACAAUGAAAUGCUCUGCAGCAGUUAAACUUGUUGGAAUUUUAUAACAAAGAUCCAAUGUUUUGGACCGUGGUGUAUAUUGUUGGUCUAUUUGUCCCUUCUUCCCUACAAAGAAGACGUCAUUGUUAUUGAGAGAGUCACCUUCCUUCAUGCAGCCCAGGUGGCUUGGGAUGUCAGCGUCACAUUCAGCAAUGUGGGUGGAUACUGAUUAAUCCAAAGCAAUCAAAACAGUACCCCAGUGGUUGGUUUAAGAACAGGCAUGAGUUGCAAGUCCUGCCAGUGAAUUGCCUCUCCAUUCCCAUUCUCAGAGGGAUCAGAUUGCAAAUCUCCCUCUCCCAAGGAAAAUGAACAGAAAAAUAUGAAGUCCUGCUGGCUACUGAUAGUCAUUCUAGGACCAUAAAGAGAACCAAUUUUACGAUGACAUGAACACCGUGGAUAGCAGAGUAGAACCCUGGAAAGAAUCUGGUUCCUUAAGUGUAUGGUCAAGCCACUGGAUCAGCUGUCUCUGAAGCCCACACUACAUUUUUAAUUUUAAGAACUAAUAAAUUUUCUACUUAUU